AUGGUCCUUGCCACCUGAGUCAUUUAUUGUGGUGCUUGAAGCUACAAAUCCAAGUACCUGCAGCACAAGAAGUUAGAAGAUGAGCUCCCCAGAAGCCUGGACAUCUGCAGCAAGGGGACUCCGCAGGCCACCGGCUUUGAAGUGAUGGUAGCAGGGAAGUUGUUUCACUCCAAGAAGGGAGGUGAUGGCUACACGGACAUGGAGAGUAAGUUUCCGAAGUUGGUGGCUGCGAUCAGAGCCGCCUUGGCUCAAGGCUAAUGUGUCCUGAAGGCAGAGUCCAAUGACCUUGGUCCAGCGCCUCACAACAGACACAUUAAGAUAGGAAGGACUGAAAUGUCUUGUGGAUGCCUGAUCUUUCUUUGAUGUCCCUGCGGUCACCAGGUGGGGCAGAGACUGA